GGUGUGGAAGCGGCGCCGCGGCGGGGCCGGGGGCGGCGGGCAGGGGCUUGUCCGGCAGCCGGCGAGGUUGAGGGCCCUUUGGGUCACGGAGCGAGUGGCGGCCUGAUGUGUUUGUACCUCCAUGCAUGCCUUUUUUUUUGUGGAGCGGUUCUUGCCCGGUCCCUCCGCGGGCCGGUCUUUCCCGAGGCGGUGGCGUCGGGCCCUUGCCUCGGUGAGGGGUUAAGGCGUGCGGGCCUCGGCCUGAGCCGACGAGUGCGCCAUAAAACCACCAGCGGGAUCGGUGGCCCUGGCUGGUGUCGCGGUAUCUACAGCACCCCAGAAAGCUGAGGUUUAUCUGCGGUGAUCGCCUGAUCCCCAGUGGCUCCCGUGUGCCACUGCAGGUAGCAGGCGGGCUUUAUUUCUGGCGGGUGGGGGGGUGCACUGCAUUCCCCCAGCUCCCGGUCUCUAUUCGGGUUCUCACCGCACCAAACCCGGCAUUUUGGAGAGGUGUCCCCACCCACCCUGGUCAUGGUGUUUGCCUCUUGGUAAGCGGACAUAAUGUAUUUUAAUGUAGGGUUCAAAGCUGUGAAGAAACCUUGUCUUUUAAAUGCUGCGUAACUCGUAAAAAGCAAAAUAUUAGGGAAAGGAGAAUAAUUUGUCCGUGAGAACCGAGAUCCUGAUGGUGCAUUAUACAGCCAAAUGAGUAAAUGUUUUAACAUAAAUGCCCAAAAUAAAUUAUUUACUUAAACUAGAAUGAUAUCCUAGGAAGCCCGGAGAAGUAAUAGUGUAUUAGGAGGUGAAAGAAGCCCCCCCGCGAACAUGGCCUGUGGUCGUUGCUGCCCCCCGGCCGCUGUAUCUCUGUAUGCGGGGCUGAGUGCUUUCUGGUUGAGCUGAUCAGUUAAGCGUGUUCCCGCCUGUGCGGGCCCAGCUCCGGCGCUCCCGGGAGCUGAGGAAGUCACUUGCUCCGGCUGUCGCUUUUUUCGUCCCUUCCUUUCUGGUAGAAUAGCGGCGGGUUUGCGUAGUGACGUUAAUUGGCCUGCGGAGCAGCCUCACGCCGUCAGCUGGCCGGUUAGCUCAGUUGGUUAGAGCGUGGUGCUAAUAACGCCAAGGUCGCGGGUUCGAUCCCCGUACGGGCCAGAGUCGCUUCUUUUUCUCUCUCCUGUUCGUCCCAGCGGCCGCCUCCCCACCGCCCCGCUCCUGCUGGCACACGCGGUGUUACCCAGCGCGGAGCCCACCGGGCGCGCUGCGGCACCGCCCGUGCUUCCGCGGCUGGUGGAGCCCGGGCCGGCUCCGGCAGGGCGCGGGUUCCUGUACCUGCGAGGGCGGCUGCCACGCCAGCCCGCCCGCGGCGUCCUCGGGUCACCCCUGCAGGCGCGUUUUCUUGCGUGAGGGCUUCACUUCGCGCGUGGCACAGGCUCGUUUGCCGCCUCCUUGUUGGGCUUACUGCCCACGGGCGCGUGGAACCCCGCCAAGUAAGAGUGAGUGACGAGUACAUGCUUCGCCUUACGAGAUGGAACGCGAAACCGCGUUAAUUCCGGGCAGCCGGCUUACACCACUCGUGGGUCCCACUCGCGCCCACGCACCUCCGAAGGCUUUUGCCCCCGCCAGGCCGCCGUCGGUGCCGGGCGGCCCCGCCCUGGGGGCGCGGCGGGCUGCUGCCGGGGGCGCCAUUGGCCCGCGUACCGCCGGUGCCCCUCGCUUCGCCCCGUGCCGCUGAGACCUCCCCGGGGGGGCCGAUGCAGCUCCCGCCCGCUGACGCCUGCCAAGAUGGCGGCUCCUGAGGAGGGGGGCACGGAGGCGCCGCCGACCCCUCCUCUCGCUGAAGACGAGCCCCCCGGGGGGGCGGCCGCCGCCUGCGGGGCUGCCCUCAGCGUGGCGGCGGGCAGGGCUGCCCGGCCGGCGGAGGAGGAGGAGGGCGGGGGCGCCGUGGAGCCCGUGUGCCCGCCGCCCCCCGCGGAGCUCCCGGAGCUGCUGGCGGUGACGGAGGAGUUGGCUCAGAGCUUGGCCGCUCUGGAAGGCGGCGCGGCGGCGGCCGGCACCGUCCUCUACCUGCAGGCGGACGGGGGCCUGGUGGAGGGCGCGGGGCUGAGCGCCGAGGAGCAGCGGCGGCUGCUGGAGCAGCUGCUGGCCGCCGCCGGGAGCCCGGGGCCGGGCACGGCGGAGCCGCCGCCCCCGCCACCUCGGCACGCCGCCACGCCGCUGGCCCCCGCGGAGCUCCAGCGGGUCAUCGAGCAAGUGAGCAAGGCCCAGGAGCAGCAGAAGCCGCCGACAGCCGCCCCGCCGGAGCCCUGCCGCCGCGGGGGGUGCCCGCCGCCCCGGGACGCCGGCCCGCUGCCGCCGCAGGCCUGCGGGGCCGCCCCGCCGCUGGCCAGCAUCAUGCACAACGCCGCCCAGCAGCUGCAGAGCGUGGCCCAGCAGGUCGCCCUGCAGCAGGGCAAGUCCUUGGCGGCCGCCCGGCUCCUCCCGCAGAAGCAGCUGGAAGCCAUUUGUGUCCAAGUUCAGCCAGGACAGAUGAAGGAAACCGAAAGGCCAAUGCCUUCAUUGGCACCAAUCCAGUCCAAAACUAUAAUGCUGAGUCAGUCGGUUGGUAGAAAUUCUAGUAUAUCAGGACUUGGCAUUAUUAAUCCCCAGAUAAUUAGGAUACAGCCUGUUACAGGAACUGAGCAGCAGCAGCUAUUCCUGCAGAGUUCUGAGUCUCCAGUUCAGUUGCUUAUGCAGAGACCUUUACCAUCUCAGGGAUCAGUGUCUGUGAACAAGAUUCCCACAUCUAAGAUGAUAAAUGGACAGAAAGCUACGCGUGCCACAGUAUCAGCUACGAGGUCUCCAAAUAUCACCAUGGUUGCAGCCAGUUCAGCAAAUACCCUGAUACCAUGCCUUGAAAAAAACCAAAAGGAUGACAAGUUAAAAAAAUCCUUGAAAGUGAAAACUCGUUCUGGACGGAUUUCACGACCCCCAAAAUACAAAGCUAAAGAUUAUAAAUUCAUUAAAAUGGAGGAUUUGGCUGAUGGUCAUCAGUCCGAUUCUGAUGACUAUUCUGAGCUGAGUAUAGAAGAUGAUGAAGAAGGAAAGGUGAAGGGAAAGGAUGCAUUAUUCAGUUCUUCAAAUUAUAAUCUGAAACCCAAAAUGUUUAAAUGUCAGACUUGUGAAAAAUCCUAUAUAGGAAAAGGAGGAUUAGCAAGACAUUAUAAACUUAACCCAGGCCAUGGACAGCUGGAGUCUUCACCUCAAAAAAUACCUUUAAAUAAGCCUAAUGGAAGUAUAUUUGUGGACAAUGCCUGUGGAAUAAGAGAGGGAAUGAUGAGUCCAGCACAUUUGGAUUCAACUGCUGUCACUUUAAAUAAUGAAAAUGCACUAGCUACUGAUCUGGAAGGAACUGUUGAUUCGAAGGCUGGAGAACAGAUUUGUAAGUCUGCAGAAAGCAGACAUAUGUUGGCAGAACAACAAAAUGAGACCAGUUCAGGACACCGGGGACCCAAAACACCAAAAGGACCUGGAAGACCCAGACGACCAAAGAGACGUGGUCGACCAAGGAUGGGUGGAAGAUCCAAGUGUUCUGGAAGGCUUAGCAGACCUGGUCAGUCCCCUUCAAAGUCACUUAGUAGUGUGUCAGCAGAGCACAAUGUAUUCAGAAGAAAAGCUAGGUUAAAAGAGCUGAUACAACAAUGUGAUAAUGAAGACUUAAUGGAGCUGGCUCUCCCACGUCUCGCAAAGCUUGUUACAGUAUAUGAAUUCCUGUUGAUGAAGGUUGAAAAAGGGUAUCCAGCCAAAGCUUACUUCCCAGAUGUGUAUAGGGAAUUUGAAGACUUGCAUAAUAUGGUAAAGAAAAUGGCUUAUGAUCAUCUCAGUAAUUCUGAUUUGCUGAGUUGCCAGCAGCCUGUUGAAAUAAAAGAUGCUAAGGUUGCUGAAUCACUAGGAAUUACAGAAAUACUCACUGGAGAACAAAAGACGGGAGGCGUAGACUCUUGUUCACAAUGUAUAAUUAAAGUGGUUAGUGAGCAAGUGCCUGUGGAGAUACUGGGACAAAAACGGUUAGCUGAGAGCUCAGGGGAGGAACUGUUGCCAUCAGCCAAAAGGACCAAGUUAGAAGACGUAAUGGAGAAUGUGAAUAAUGCUUAUGCCAGCCAAGAUGAAGUGAAAGAAAAGAGUGGGAAUUUGUGUACACUGUUUGAAAAAGAUGGUUUUAAUCCAUUAAACGGAGAAAUCCUGCUUUCAGAAGAUAGUCAUAUAACUUGCUGCACAACUGGAAAUACAUUGCUGACAGUGGAAGAACAUAACUCACUUGCCGAUUCAGGAGUUAGAAUCAAUGCUGAAAAUUCAGGUACCUUCUCCCAGACUGUGAAAAUGAGGAUUGAGUAUUCCCAGCCUGUGAACAUACAGGGACCAGAUAUGGCAGGUGAGGCACCUCCGCUACAUUCUGAAGUUGUAUUGCCUGCUGAAGUGGACGGCUCACCUGAAUUAGUUCAAGCGCACUUUGUGAGUGGGAACGCAGCAAGUGGGCUGUCAGCUCCUGAACUCUGCAGCUCUGUGUCAGAGAAGGCAAUGGGCAGUCUGAGCGCUAGCGUACCAACAAGCAAAGGAGAUGGUCACAAGCAAAACUAUCAGAAAUUGCAAGAAGAAAACCAGAGUUUUGCAAUUAAAGGACAUUCUGAACAACCUCAUAAUGCUGAUGUGGCUGAUGAGAUGCAGGAACUUGAAAGAGUUUUUUCAACAAAUGUUGUGCCAAUAACCUACACACACAGCGCCCAGACUGAGUCGCACCAGAGCCCUGCCCAGGAAGCCUCCCUGUCUGCUCAUGUGAACCAUGAAAACUCUUUCAAAAACAUGACUGAAUUUUCAUGUGGGACAUGUGAACCACAUGAGCUGGAGAAUACUGUUACUGUAGAUGAAACUGUAGCCUUUGAGAUUACUGAUGAGAGCCAUGAUUUUUUGUCUCAGGGACACGAACAGAUUUUUAUUCAGACUUCAGAUGGGCUUAUCCUGUCUCAUCCAGAUACUGCUGUUUUGUCUCAGGCAGAAGGUAUCGUGAUUGUAACCGAUUCCAAUGGUACUACGAUGCACAUUCGCACACCUGAGGGUAUACCUUUGGAAACUGUGGAAGCGCUAUUGGCAAUGGAAGCAGAUGGCCAAAGUGAAGACAUUUUGCUCUCGCAAAGUGAAUUGGAGCCAUAAAUUAGAAAACUGUAUAUGCUUUCUUCUGGAAAAGACUGACUAUAAAAUGUAUAUUUUUCUAAUGUGAAUACUGAAAUAAUGGAAAUUUAACUUAUUUGUAAACUGUUUUUAUGCCCUGUACUUUUUAUAACUUAUGUUUAUAUAUAUCUAGCAGCGUUGCAACCAAAAAUUAUAGAAUUAACAUUGUUCUAUUUGCUUUAUGUGUUGGGGGUGGGUGGAAAGUGGAAAUCUGUCAACCCUAAAACUGUUGCACUAUUCCCUUUUGUUACAUAAUUCCUUUUCUCUUUAGCCAUCUAAAAAUGCAGUAAGUUGUACUGCUGUUCAGCAGUGAUGUGCUGUGUACUGGCAAGCUGUAUAUGGGUGAAAUAAAGACUAUAUUGAAAA